AUGGCAGCGGCUUCACACACACUGACUUACGCAGGUCCCGGACAUUUCAUCCCGAUGGCUCGUUUCUUGAUUCGGCAACAAGAGAAGUUGGUCCAGCGCCUUGGCGAGCACAAUAUUCCCGGGCUUCGUUGGCUUGUGGAGGGCUUCAACUAUUACGACAAAGAGCGCGUCAAAGAAGUGGGCCCGGAUCGUGCCGCUGCGGAAUGGAUCGUUCGCUGUGGUGGCAGCGUAAAGUUCGAUAAAAUGAGCGACAUGUUCUCCGACUACAACGCCCUCGUCAAACGAUGUGCCGAGCUUGACCCGAGGAUUUCUGGCGAUCAGGUCCGCGUCACGAACAUUGAAGCAAUCGACGCGUCAGUAACGGGCUAUGGUUGCCGUCAUUUUGAGGGUCUAAACGCCAUUCUCGACGUCCGUUUCGUCCGUUGCAAGAAUCUGCACGAUUUUGGUCUAAAAUAUAUGAGCGAUGCUGUGGGCAGUAAACUGAAGUAUUUGGAGAUCGAUUCCUGCCCGCGGGUCACCGAAGACGGUCUCGAUCACCUCAAGAAUUGCACUGGCCUAAAAUCGCUGCUCAUCCACAACCUGCCGCGCGUCUACGGCAAGCCGAAAAUCUACCAAGAAUUGCGCCAGGCCCUCCCGAAAUGCGAAAUCCAUUAUCCUGACUACGAGAAGGACCAA